CAGAACGUACCUGCUGGUGCCACUUAACCAGUUAGACCCCGAGCAUAAGCUAAGCACCUUAUUUGCUUAUUACAUAGGCUGCUAUCUUGUAGAAUUUAUGAAGAAUGUCGUUGCCCCGCAACGCGGGGCGAGAGAAUUGCACUUUUUGUUGAGGUAGGAGACAGGUGUAAAGUUUCUUAAGUAUUUUGUAAAUAUGGGGUUGGCAAAGUUACGUGUCACGGGAAGCUAGAUUUUGCAAGGUUAACUCAUUUAUUUGGAGCAGUUUUCGCAGGAAGCACUUGCUGAACAGAGCCUUCGCAAUCAGCAGAAUGGUACACGUGGCCAAAGAAGGCUGACAAAAAGAAUUUAUCUGACUAUUUAAGCAAAUUUAUAAAAAAAAAAUGAUAGGUCUGGGGAUACUGUUAAACAGAAACAAAACUGUGUUUUUUCUAAUGUGUCAGUAUGUCUUUACCUAGUAUCAGCAGGGUGAAAGGCAAAGGUUAAUCAUCUCAGCUUGCAGUGGGAAAGGAACUGCUUCAUGCAGGAAAACCCUAAGGUUGUUCAGUAUCUUCACUGUGACUGCUCAAGCUUCCCGUCACCAGUGUUUCUUGGAAUUGGACAGAUGGCAGCCACUAUACUUAUCUUGUAUGUGUCAAAACUAAAUAAUAUUGUUCACUUCCCUGAUUUUGACAAAAGUAUACCUGUGAAGUUGUUUCCUCUGCCUCUGAUUUAUGUUGGAAACCACAUAAGUGGAUUGUCAAGUACCAGCAAACUCAGUUUGCCGAUGUUUACAGUGCUCAGGAAGUUUACCAUUCCACUUACUUUACUGCUGGAAAUCAUCAUACUUGGGAAGCGGUACCCACUGAGUAUCAUACUCAGCGUGUUUGCCAUCAUUCUGGGGGCUUUCAUAGCAGCUGGGUCUGACCUGUCUUUCAAUCUGGAGGGCUAUAUCUUUGUGCUGCUAAAUGAUAUCUUCACAGCAGCAAAUGGAGUUUACACAAAGCAGAAAAUCGAUCCAAAGGAGCUGGGAAAAUACGGUGUCCUGUUCUAUAAUGCUUGUUUCAUGGUGGUCCCAACAGUUAUUAUUAGCUAUUCUACCGGAGACUUUCAGCAGGCAAUACGUUUCCAGCACUGGACAAAUUUCUUAUUUCUUUUUCAAUUUGUUCUUUCCUGCUUUCUGGGGUUUCUCUUGAUGUAUUCUACUGUGCUCUGCAGUCAUUACAAUUCUGCACUCACGACGACAGUAGUUGGUGCCAUCAAGAAUAUAUCCAUUGCUUACAUCGGAAUGUUGAUUGGUGGAGAUUACAUAUUCUCUAUGCUAAACUUCAUAGGCCUAAACAUUUGCAUGGCAGGGGGACUCAGGUACUCAUUUUUGACACUGAGAGGAAGCAGCCAGCCUGCACAACCUGGGGAUGAAGAGAAUGCACUUCCUGCCUCAAAGGCUUAGCCAAAGCGCCUGCCUUGAAGGGGACCGAAGAUGCAAGUGUGUUUAGCAUUGCUGAGAACUUAAAUCGUGAUGGAACACAUUUGGAACAAGGAAAUCUACCUCAACUGUCGCAGACAAGCACGCGACUCGUUGGCUCAGAAGUACUCUUGCACACCAUGUUUUUUACAUACAGACUAGUUUAAUUUUAGGGUUGUUUUUUUUUUUUUUUUUUUUUUUACACCACAAGCCGAUUUAUAGGAAGGAAUGCUAUGAGCAAAUCUCAAGUUGUGAAUUUCUGUGUUUACCUGUAUUUUUGGGUGCUGCUUGUACUCAGCAAGACCUGUGAGUUCUUGUGUCUGCCAGCAGCCUCCUGAGGCAAAACUCACUGUAAAAGACCACGAAGCCUGAUUCACCAUUGCCUUAUGCCAACGUGCAAUCCUUACUGUCAGUGGAGAGAU